CAAACAAAACAGUUUACAAUUUCAAUGACAUACAUGUACAGUUAACCCUGGUCAAAUUACACAAGUCACCUUUAACAAGGACAGGAAAAGGUCACAUCAGACCCCAAAUUUACACAAUGACGUGCUGCAUUUCAUGUUCCUCAGUGCACAGUAACUACAGCUGUUUCAUGUGAACUACCCCACCUUCACAGAAAACAGCCGUUGGGCACAUGGUACAGGAUAUGAUGUCACUUCCCAUGGGUGACAAGAGGUUUGUGUGACAAAGACUUUGCUGAGCAAGAAACACCGACUACUGACUACCACAAAAACCACAGUUCAUUUGUCUACACUCUUGCAGCACAAGUCUGGAAGCAUAUUUCUGCUGCUCCUUUCUGACCAAACAAUGGCGACCAGCAGGGCAGCUGAGGUUCUGGAGAAGAUCGGUGAGCGUCAUCUGGAAUGCUCCAUCUGCUUUCAACGUUUCACGGAGCCCAAAUUUCUUGAUUGUUUGCACACUUUUUGCUUGAAAUGUCUCCACAAUCUCAAACUCAGAGAAGGUCCCCAAAUUCUGAAACUCAAAUGUCCUAUGUGCAGACAUGAGACUAUGUUAAAAAGCGAUAGCCUUGAAGAUCUGCCGCCUAACUUCACGCUGAGCGCCCUGGUGGAGGAAUUCGCAAUACAGGAACAGCUUCUACAGGGUCAAGGGUCAGAGAUCAAAUGUCAAAGCUGCAAUGAGACAAAUCAAGCGACAUCAUUUUGCAUGGACUGUGCUCAUUUUCUUUGUCAGGACUGCCAAAAGGCACAUGAACGCUUGGCAAUAACAAAAUCUCACAAAAUCUACACCACUGCUCAGAUCCAAUCAGGAGAGAUUGCCUACAAGAGCAAACUAAGGAAAGAACCAAAAUGUGAGAAACAUCCAGAUCAGAAUCUUAACAUUUACUGCGAUACAUGUGAACAGUUGGUAUGCACAACUUGCUCCGUUCUGAAACAUGAAAAGCAUUCUCGCACUGAAGUAUCCGAGGCUUUUGACAAAUGCAAACAAGAAAUUGCGGCAGUCAUGGCAAAGAUGGAAAAGAAGAAAGCGGAACUCAGUAAUGCAAAGAAACACACAGCUAAGUCUCGCAAGAAACUAGACACUAUGUUUGAGGCCACCAACAGGAAGAUCUCCCAAAGCGCUGACGAAGAGGUUGCUAUGGAGGUUGCUAGGAUCAGGGAGAAGGAAAAGAAACUGAAGCAAGAGGCCAAGGAGAUCUACCAAGACAGAGUAAAAAUAUUUAAUGCUGCUGAUGACGCCAACGACGCACAGCUGACCGUAGCAGAGCAGACACUGGAGAAGAUGCACCAGCUCCUAGCUCAAGAAAUCAAGACGGAGAUUUUACAUCUCAGGCCGAAAAUCUUGCACCCCGUCAGACAACUGACAGAACAACCACCGCAGUCGGUGCCCGAGAAGUUGAACUACAUGGAUUUUCAAGCGAGUGAGGAGACCGAGAAGUCACUUGGAAGGCUGAUUCUGAAGGACGAGACCGAGUGGCGAUUGAAGAGCGAAAUGAAGCUGGAGGGGAAAUACGCGGUCACUUCCGUUGCAGUCUUCUCCAACAAUGAAAUAGUCACCGUGAACAGCAAACUCAAACAGCUGAUGACAUAUUUACCGACAAGCAACCCUCAAUCCCCUUUCUCCCACAAAAUUCUACAAAUUCCAGUUCUUGCGGGUCCACGCAAGGUCGCCGUGAACAGCUUGGACCAACUCGUCGUACUUGAUGUCCGUGCAGUCAAGAUCCUCAGCCGGGAAUAUCAGCUCCUCCAUCAGUUCCAGCCAGGACAUGAUUCGGACAAGGUACCGACCUGCCUGGCCGUGGACGAGAACAACCUGAUAGCUGUGGGCUACAAGGGAAAGGACGAGAUCAGCCUCCACAAGCCCGAUGGAAUCCUCAUCUGGAAACUACGGGCGCCGAUGAUUGAACACGAACUGGUCAUCACCAACAAGCAGCUAAUCUACACCAACCACAACGUGGGUAAAUUGGUGUGUAAAGAUUACAAUGGGGGCACGGUGUUCGAGGUAGACACACGUAGGCCACUGGGCGUAUGCUGCAACAGUGAAGGCACCAUCUUUGUUGCGGAAGGCCUACGCUCUUCACCAAGUGCAGCAAACAUUCACGUCUUCAAUGCUGACGGCGAAUAUAUUGAAUGUGUCAUCAAGCAAUGCAUUUAUCUUCUUGGUAUGACCUUCACACCUGCCGCCCAUCUGGUGAUGGGCGGAUGGGAUUUCUUGCAAAUCUACCAUCGUGUGUAAUUACAUGUACAUAUAUUGCCACUGAAAAUCCCUCUUCAAAACAGCCCCCAAAGUCUACUCAAAGAUGAAGCAAAUCUACAUCACUCAUUCUUGACAGAUAUUUAAGACGACUGAUACCGUAGUUCCCUUUAAGCAUACACAAAUAUACCCAGAUAUACCCAAAACAACUUGCAAAUGGCGUCACAACUUGUAAAAUUGUGUUUUCUUGGUAGCCAACUUACUGACGUUGGCACUGCAUGCAGGAGAUAUUGGUGUGCUGGGGCAGUUAUCAGCGGGUAGUUAAAAUUUAAAACCAUGUUAAACCAUGUUACGGUGUGUAGUCACAAACUAUGACCUAAAGCCCAAAUAUGAGGUAUCGUCAGAGACCAGACCCCUCACAAACUUCCAAUAAAAAUAAAUACAUCACAUUUCAAAUUACUCAAGCAAAUAAUCCCUCCCGAUGAAAGCAUUUUCUGCCAACAAGUCAACCAUCAAAACACUUCCAACCAUUUUGUUCUGCCAUUCUACAUUCGUUUGAGGUGAAGUGGCUGUGAUUUAAGUUUUCUUGUUUAUCUGACAAAAUCAAAAAACAAGUUAUCGCUGCUGUCAGACAAAUAAGGCCAGGUGAUAAAAAUUACCUUUUGAGUUUCUUGAUUUAUAAAAGAAAGUUUGGCUUCUUUGAGCAAAACAAUUUUUUUCGUUAGGAGAAAUGUUGAAUGUUGUAUACAUGUAUACCUGUGCUGUCAGAAAAUGUGUACCAAUUAGUUAUGACCCCCAAUGUACGAGUAAAGCAAAGUUACCAUGGCGACUAGAACACAAAUGGUUGGACAACGGUUGGGCAAAGCUGUUAAGCAGUCAUUCGGAAAGUCACAAUUUUGCGGAAAUUCUGGCAAAAUAGAGGCAACUCAUUUUAAAUACGAAGAGAAAACAAAGGGUGAGAAGUCUGUAAAUAAUAACUACAUGUACAUGUA